AUGAUUUAAACUUUUGCUUUAUUUUUGCAAUUCUUGUUAUGCUUAUCACAAUGGAUUAGUUCAUAUACAAAUUUGAUUAAUGAUAAGAAUUUGACAACAUUCUCUUAAGUUGGGCCAAGUAAUAGCAAUUAUCUUGUAUGCAAUUCACCCUAAAUAAAAUACUUGACUUUAAAUAGAGAUUAUCCUACUGCCACUCAGAAAAAAUAAAUUAGUUUAGAGAAAGGUAAUCACAUAUCAUUUGAAUUAAUUCUAUAAGGUACUUGGUAAAAUGGAUAAAUUUAAUUUUAAUUUGGAGCAGAAAUAAUUUCAUUUUAAUAUUAAACUCCUAACUCGUUUGAAAACUUCUCAAUCAUUUGUGAUUCUUACUAAUCAGAAAUUAAAACAAUUAAUUUUAUUUUACAAAAAUCAGAUUCAAAUAUAAUAAAAUUUACAAUGUCUAAUGAAGGAAAUGGAUAGGUUUCAAUUAGAAAUUUAUUAAUAUCAAAAAUUAAAUGCCAUUAUUUAUGCACACAAUGUAAUGGCAUAGAGUAUAAUUAAUGUACUUAGUGUUUUUAUGGAACACCUUUGGAUGGCAUUUGUAAUGAAUGUCCUCUAAAUAUGGUAUUUAGACCUGGAAUUGGAUGCUCAUUAUUUUGCAAUUAUUAGGAAUAUCUUGACUUUAAUCGACAUUGUUAAUAAUAUCCCAGUAAAUUUUUAUAUAAUCAAAAAAGGUAGGCAAAUAUUGUUUUCUGAUUACUAUAUGGUUGAAGAGUAGGUUAAAAUGGAACUUAUAUUAGAUACAGAGAAUACAAAUCAUAUUCCCAUUUAUAUGUCGUAUGUUGGGAGAUAUGAUCUUUUAGGGGUCUUUAGAUAUAACUAAGGAACUAAAAGAUUGAUAACUGAAGUAACAACUAACAUUGGAACCUAUUUAAUUGGAAUCAGAACAGUUAUAAUUCUUUAUAAUGAAAUACCAUGUGGUAGUAGCAUUUCAUUAAAAAUUAAUGACACUUAUGCAGGGUCGGUAUAUAA